GUGUUUCAUGUGUGCUGCCUUGUCUGCACCGACUAUGCCAAGAAGUUCUGCAGAUACUCAAUCGCAUGGCUACGCGGACUCUCACGUCAAGUUUUUGAUAUACAUGCAUAAUUGUUUGCCCCUAUGAUUCACAGCAUGCGCCAUCCAACGCCCGCUUCUACGUGAGCUUCGAGCGCAAAACGAGUCAGUGGUUCACUGGCUACUCUUUGAUCUGUCAGUAGAGAAGUUAUGAAGAGCCCCGAGGCAUUGCAGCCUAGUCAAGCAUCAUUGCCCCCGAGCGUUGGUUGCUGCUGUUCUCCAAGGCCCUCCAGUUGUUCGCACAACUCCUCAGUCGCGGACAUGGAGGAUUCCAAGGAAUAUCUUCAAAAUACUUUUCGCAACGCUCCGCCUCCACCCACCCCUCCCGAUGAACUUCCGGGUGUGAAGAUUGAGUGGAACUUUCGGCUUCAGAAGACCAUCGAUAUGGUCACCCUCCAAACAGACCUGGACAUGGUAUCAGAUAAAUGGCCAGACCAAUUCUUGCAAGAGCCUAAGGUGGUUAAAGAUCGUGAUGACAACAACGUCAUAGUUAUUACAGGAUACCCUCCUCAUCACAACUAUGAUGUACAGGGCGUUUUGGUUGUAGUCCGCAAGCAUGAUCCAGCAGCAGUUGUGAUUUGAGUGCUGGUUUGGCAUUUAUUAAUGCCGUGGUAAGACAUGACGGUAUAUAUAAGAAGAUAUUCAAUCAGUGCUACUUAAAACAUUGUGGGAUCGAAUAAAACUAUGGCAUGUGUAUAUACCACAUUUUAGUGUG